AUAAUUCAUUUAACAUGUUUGCUAUUUCUUUUUAGAUGUUGGAUGAAUCACAGACCUUAUUACCAGUAGAUGAACUUAAGAAAAGAUUUGAUCAAGAAGGCAUCUCACUGGAACGUCCUGUUGCAACUUCGUGUGGCACUGGUGUAACUGCUUGCAUUCUUGCACUGGGACUCCACCGGCUUGGGAAGCCGGAUGUCGCUGUCUAUGACGGAUCUUGGACUGAAUGGGGAGGUCACUCUGACACGCCUGUUGAUACUACUUCAUAAAUUAUGAAAGUAAUACAGUAGGAGGUUCGGAAACAACAUGAGCCGGAUGAAGUCUUAAUGGAAUCUGUGUCCCGUUUUGUCGAAAAAGGUUGUACUUAUAAAUAAAGGUUGAUGUACUUGUUGUCAUAAUUUUUUUCUUUUUCAUAAGUAGUUUGUGUGGGAUUUGAAAGUACCAAAACCCUCCAACUCAGAACACAGUUUGAAGCAAUUUCACAAACUUGUUAAUUUAUUAAUUUAUUUUUAUAA